UGUGUCCCGGUCCUGAUGUCUCUGGGGUUCAGCAUAGUCCCACCGUCCAGAAGUGAACUGGUCCUUCAUGCUGCGUUCAGGUCCCGUCAGGUUCCUGACCUCUGCAGGUUGGGUCUGCUGGGGAAGCUGAAGAGGACGGCGCUGUGGCUGCUGGUCGUCUACAUCUCCGUCCCCGUCAUCAUCAAGCUGUGUCCGUCCAUCCAGGCCAAACUCGUCUUCCUGAACUUCGUGAGGAUGCCGUACUUCAUUGACCUGCAGAGACCUCUGGACCAGGGACUGAACCACACACACAACUUCUACCUGGAGUCUGAGCCGGGCCUGAGGAUCGGAGUCUGGCACACGGUUCCUGCUCAGAUGUGGAGAGAAGCUCAGGGGAAACAAGGAGACUGGUACGACGCCACGCUUAGCUCCGCCCACAAGGUCAUCCUCUAUCUCCAUGGAAACGCAGGGACUAGAGGAGGAGACCACAGAGUCCAGCUGUACAAG